AUGAACCGCCUCUUCGGCUCGGUUGCUGCCUGCUCCUAUUGCUACUGCUAUUUAUUUGUUAUUCUUAUUGCGUCUCUUCCUGUCCGUUUGAGCAGUGCAUGGUUAGGUUCCCCGCCCAAACAGCAGAAUGCAAGAGGGCGAGGCUUCAGCACUUUUUUUUUUUCGUGGAGGAUAUUUCUUUUGUGUCUUCCCCGUGAAUGCUGUCUCCCCCACCACAUUUCUCUUUUGCCCACUGCUUAA